CGGACUGGCAGACCCGCUCCAUCCACGCCUGUAACAAGAGGACUGGAGAGAAGAGGAAGGAGAUCCUUAGCGCUCUCUAUUCGCCCAUGGAUAUUCAAGUGCUCAGCUCAGAGCGGCAGCCUUACUUCCACACACGGUGUGCGGAGGACAAUGGCGGCUGCUCCCACCUGUGUCUGCUGUCCCCGAGGGAGCCUUUCUACACGUGCGCCUGCCCCACCGGCGUGCAGCUUCACGACAACGGCAAGACGUGCAAGGCAGGGGCCGAGGAGGUGCUGCUGCUGGCCCGGCGGACAGACCUGCGGAGGAUCUCGCUGGACACGCCGGACUUCACCGACAUCGUGCUGCAAGUUGACAACAUCCGUCACGCCAUCGCCAUCGACUACGACCCGCUGGAGGGCUACGUCUACUGGACGGAUGACGAGGUGCGGGCCAUCCGCAGGGCGUACCUGGACGGGUCAGGGGCACAGACGCUGGUCAACACCGAGAUCAAUGACCCCGAUGGCAUUGCGGUCGACUGGGUGGCCCGUAACCUCUAUUGGACGGACACGGGCACCGACCGCAUCGAGGUGACCCGUCUCAAUGGUACCUCCCGCAAGAUCCUGGUGUCCGAGGACCUGGACGAGCCCCGGGCCAUCGUGCUGCACCCUGUGAUGGGCCUCAUGUACUGGACAGACUGGGGGGAAAACCCCAAAAUCGAGUGUGCCAACCUGGACGGGCAGGAGCGGCACAUCCUGGUGAACACGUCCCUCGGUUGGCCCAACGGCUUGGCCCUGGACCUGCAGGAGGGAAAGCUGUACUGGGGAGACGCCAAGACGGACAAAAUUGAGGUGAUCAACGUCGACGGGACAAAGAGGCGGACGCUCCUGGAGGACAAGCUCCCACACAUUUUCGGGUUCACGCUGCUGGGGGACUUCAUCUACUGGACCGACUGGCAACGGCGCAGCAUCGAGCGCGUGCACAAGGUCAAGGCCAGCCGGGACGUCAUCAUCGACCAGCUGCCCGACCUGAUGGGGCUCAAGGCCGUGAACGUGGCCAAGGUUGUCGGGACCAACCCGUGUGCGGACAGGAAUGGGGGUGUAGCCACCUGUGCUUCUUCACGCCUCACGCGACCAAGUGCGGCUGCCCCAUCGGCCUGGAGCUGCUGAGCGACAUGAAGACCUGCAUCGUCCCCGAGGCCUUCCUGGUGUUCACCAGCAGGGCCGCCAUCCACAGGAUCUCCCUGGAGACCAACAACA